AGGAGGAGGAGGAGGAGGAGGAGAGGGAAAGAGGAAGUAGAUAGGAGAAGAUGGGCAACAGCCUUCGAUGUUGCUUGGCUUGCGUCCUCCCAUGCGGCGCCCUCGACGUCGUUCGGAUCGUCCAUUUGAACGGCCAUGUCGAGGAGUACGGCCGUCCCGUCUCCGCCGGAGAAAUCCUGGCGGCCAACCCCAACCACAUAAUAACCAAACCAUGCUUGCAAGGAGUCAACCAUAAGAUCUUGAUCGUGUCACCCGAAUCCGACCUUAAGCGAGGUCACAUUUACUUCCUAAUUCCGGAGUCAUCACUUACAGAAAAGAGGAAGAAGAAGAAGAAGAAGAAGCAACAUCAGAGAAGCACAGCCAUGUUUGAGGUAUCAGAUCAGGACUAUUUCCUAAAGGAGGUUCCGUCGGAAAAGAAGUCCGGUCACCGUCGGCGAAGGAGCGGUCGGGUUGGCGUAUGGCGGCCGCACCUCGAGAGCAUAUCAGAAGACCCUUGAAGAUGUCGAGAGACCGGAAUCUGGUAUUUUUCCGGCUCAAACUUGGCUGCUGGGGAGUGCAUGAAUUUUUUUUUUUUCCUCCCACUUCAUGGAAAUGAGUGGAAGUUGUGGGACCUUGUGUAUUUUAUGAGGACCAUUUCUUGAAGAAGUGUGCUUAGAUUGGCGCACUAGGAGAAGGUGCAAUAACUGCUUGUAAUCAUAUGGGGAUUGGUUUUUUAACAUCCACCAAGUUGUACAAAGAAAUGAAAGCAUUUUCUUUCAUAUGCAGGUCUUAAUGGCCAUAUUUAUAUAUUGAUCAACUUUU